AUGUGGACAGCGGAAGUGCCCGCCCGGGCCCCGCCUCCGCCCCCGGCUUGAGUAAGCUGGGUGUUUCCUGCCUCUCAGUCCGGAUUUGGAGACUCCGGCGUCCUCCGACUUUUCAUGGAAGAGAUGUCAGGAGAAAGUGUGGUGAGCUCAGCGAUGCCAGCGGCUGCUACCCGUACCACUUCCUUCAAGGGCACGAGUCCCAGCUCCAAGUACGUGAAGCUGAAUGUGGGGGGAGCCCUCUACUACACCACCAUGCAGACGCUGACCAAGCAGGACACCAUGCUGAAGGCCAUGUUCAGUGGGCGCAUGGAAGUGCUCACUGACAGCGAAGGCUGGAUCCUCAUUGACCGCUGUGGGAAGCACUUUGGAACGAUACUCAACUACCUGCGAGAUGGGGCUGUCCCCCUGCCCGAGAGCCGCCGGGAGAUCGAGGAGCUGCUAGCAGAGGCCAAAUACUACCUGGUGCAGGGCCUGCUAGAAGAGUGCCAAGCGGCCCUCCAACAGAACAAAGAUACUUAUGAGCCCUUCUGCAAGGUUCCUGUCAUCACCUCCUCCAAGGAAGAACAGAAACUUAUAGCGACUUCAAAUAAGCCAGCCGUGAAGUUGCUGUAUAACAGAAGUAACAACAAAUACUCAUACACCAGCAAUUCUGAUGACAACAUGUUGAAGAACAUUGAGCUGUUUGAUAAGCUCUCUCUGCGCUUUAACGGGAGGGUCCUGUUCAUAAAAGACGUCAUUGGGGAUGAAAUCUGCUGCUGGUCCUUUUACGGCCAGGGCCGCAAGAUUGCUGAAGUCUGUUGCACCUCCAUUGUCUAUGCCACCGAGAAGAAGCAGACCAAGGUUGAGUUCCCUGAAGCCCGGAUCUAUGAAGAGACGCUGAAUAUUUUGUUGUAUGAGGCCCAGGAUGGCCGGGGACCUGACAAUGCACUCCUAGAAGCCACAGGUGGGGCAGCUGGACGCUCCCAUCACCUGGACGAGGAUGAAGAACGAGAGCGGGAGAGGAUUGAGCGUGUGCGGCGGAUUCACAUUAAGCGGCCUGAUGACCGGGCCCACCUCCACCAGUGAGCAGGCAAGCGGACCGAGCGGCCCUCCUGCUCCCUUGCCCCUAUCCCCUUCAGAUCCUCUGCAGGCUUCUGGGUGCCUUCUACUUCCCUGGAGUCUGGAGCUACUUUUGUAACAAGCCAGAUGAUUAUUUUGAUAUUUCUUGACAAGGUGAAUUGAUUCUGUCUUGACCCAGGUGUAUGUACCCUGUUUGAACAAGCUGUGUCUAAGGUCUCUACUUUUCGUAAGAAUCUGAGAAUCUGGAGCCAGGCUUUCUUGGUUCUUGGAGGAAAAGUAUGAAUGAGUUUGAAGUGUAUAUGAGAACUUCUGUUUGCAGUAUUUAUUUUUAUGAGUGUUGACUACCUAGUAGGGCUUCUUAGGUGACACUCCCUUAAAGGUUCAGCUUGAUGGUCCUGAGGCAAGCUGUGUAGUUGGCAGCCUGGCUCAUAACCCUCUAGCUUUGGCCCGCUGGCUCGUGGUCCCUGUGUAUUCUGACAUGGCAGCCUCCACUGCUUUGCUGACGUCUGUUCUUAUUGCGGUUUUGUGACUAUAGCUUCUUGGUAAACAGUUACAACUUGUAGCAGUGGACACGGGACCAAAUGUGCUUCCUUCCUGGAAGUGGUUCCUCAGUGUGGCAGAUCUUUGCCAUCUGGCCUAGUGCUUGCCGGGACUGUCUGGCAAGAGAGCAGAGCUUUGCCUGGCAGUGAGGCUCUGCUCUCAUCCUGCAUCCUUCCCUGACUCCUACCCCUUCCAGUUGCUCUUCUUAUCAACCCACUCCAUUCCAGGAAGGUCAUCUGACACUUCGCAGGUGUUAGCUCACACAUUGCUGCUCUAAGGGCUCUACUCCUGUGUGACCUCUUCCCUUUAAGCUGGACUUGCUUCAGCAAUUGAUGCCUUGUUCUUUGGUUAGAAAUUAUAUGGCCCCAGGUGUGGCAGCACCAGGCAGGGACACAGCUAGGUCCAAGAGAGCUUGCCCAUGUGCUCAGGGCAGUUUCCUUGCUGUAAACCCACUGUCACCUAUGGAUCCCUUAGAUCUUUGAUUACUAUGCAGAAUAGAGGGCAGUCAGUGAGCAGGUUGAGGGGACAUGCAGAUACCUUUGGGUCUUGUUUGCGUUCAAGGGACGUGUAUGACUGUUGGUGGGGAUGUGUGAUUAUGGGGCACGGGGGGCCCAAGAUGGGGCCUGGCUGUGUGCACAGUGCUCAUGUAGGACAAUGUUCUCAGUUACCUACCUCAGUUUCCUCUGCACCUGUGCAGGAGCAGAAGUGACUUGUGACUGAUGUGGGUGGUUGGAGUAGACUAGGUAGACUAGUUACAAGGAGAUGUGAGUGUGUGUUGGGUAGUGGAUGGAUUUUCUGCUCGGCAAGGGAAUUGUUACUGUUUUAGACCAAAGGUGUUAACAUGAGCAGUUUCUGAUACAUGUAUUCCAAAAAGACGAGUUGCUAUUUUGUUUUUGUGACGGUUUUUACAGCUCAGACUUUGUAUAUGACAGUUUAGACCCUUCUUUUGUACUGCAGCAAAGCCCACAGUAAAAUAAUCACAUAAUCCUGACUGAACCUAAGAACUACAUAUUGGGUGGAUGCUUUUUAAAUCGUGUGGGAAACUUUUCUAUUGAGUGAUUUGGACUUUGUUAAGUGCCACAGAAAGGGAGCUUACAAAAUAAUGUUUCAUAAAGUUUUUAUACUGUUUGUUUUGAAGUAUAAACCCCUGCUGUGUGGGUUCAGCUUUUUUAGGGAGCUAAAACGAAUGCCCGUUCUGAUGUUUUGUAGGAAUGGAAAGCCAUUAUAUCCAUUGUUUUUUACAUGUUGGUGUGGCACAGCCUGACUUGGCCUCGGCACCUACAAUUACUGUUUUUGGCAGCUCUCUGCUUCCUCUUUUCUUCAACUCUGUAGUUUUGCACCUCUGCCCACAGGGAUAGAAGAGGUCUGAAACAUUCCAUGUGAAAGAUACUUUUGGCUACAUCUGGCCAGAGCUCUGCUCUCAGCUUCCACAAGGAACUGACUCUAUAGCACCAAGGGGAGUAGUCGGCAUUUAUAUUGUGAACAAUCAGGAAAAACGCUCGUCUUGGGUUUGGUAGAGUGAGGUUUUAUUACUCUGUAAUAGCUCACAAUUAAAACAGAAAAUAGAAUGGCUUUUAGUUCAUGGUAACCAAGGCCAGUGUUUUAGUCAUGUGGUCAUUGACUGGGGGCCUGUGCCUGCAGCAGGUCCUGGCACAGCCUCUCCUGUUGAGGAUGGGCUGUUUGCUCUGUGCAGGUCCUGGUUCUAUUUAGGUAUCAACUCCUGUACCAGCUGCUCACAGCUGCCAUUCAGCACCUGUGCACAAACAGCACUCGGCCCUUCCCGGAGCACGUGCUAUCUGUGGGGCUCCAUCCAAAGUCACUGUCACACAGUUAAAGCAUGCCAUUCACCUUCCUGUUUCUCUGCUCUAUGAAAACAAUGCUGGAGUUUUAGAAGUACUCAUUGUUUCUAUCUUAUACAAGCAUUUGUGGACAUGUGUAAAAUAAACGUUACACUGUGC